AUGGCUAAACCCAGAAGCCCCAGGAUCUACAAGUCCCUCAUUCCAGCCGUGCCAGUAAUCCGCCAAUCCAUCUUCACCUUCCUUUUCGAGCAUGGGUACUAUGCCUGGCCGUCUUCUGUUCCAGCGCUAGUCGACGCAACCGACGGGCGGACCAUUACCCGAGGGCAACUGAAAGACUACGCCCUUCGCUUAGCCUGGGGUUUGCGUAAUGAUUUGCGGCUUCCUUCUACACCUUCUAGUACCUCCGACACUACGUCCCAAUUGUCUUGUUCAACGCACCUCGCUCGCGGGGACACUGUGAUGAUCAUGAGUCCUAACACACUAUCCUGGCCUGUGGCGCUCUUUGGAUGCGUCGCUGCUGGUCUACGAAUAACAUUUGCCAGCUGCACUACAACAGCCAGAGAGUUGUCCUGGCAAUGGAUAGAUAGCAAAGCUCGCUGCAUCAUCCUCGCACCUCAUCUAGUACAGGUUGCGAAAGAUAUGUUCAAGCUCGUAGGAGUGUCGGAUGACGAAGCCGAUCGGCGAAUAUGGAUCCUGGAGGACGAGACCAUAUUGACGUCCAAUCACCGGACAGUAACCGGUAAUUAUCUUGGGACCCUGCUCUAUGGCGGUAUAUUAUCUGGAGAGGAGCUGUUUAGUGGAAGGGACGCCGACGAAACUGUUUAUAUCUGCUAUAGCUCAGGUACCACGACAAGUCACAAGAACGUAGCAUCGGUGCUGGGGAUGACCAAUGCUGUCUGGCGUGGUUGUGAGACCGACAGUGACGUCUAUCUCGCCGUACUUCCGGUGUACCAUAUGUUCGGUAUGCUCUGUAAUUCAUCUGUAUCAGCCUUUGUCCCAACGACGGCCUCAUCAGGUUUGGCGAUGCUCCUGCAUUACCCUUUGAUGCGAGGACGAGCGUUAGUCAUGUUGAACGGGGGAUUCGAACCUGACAGAUUUUGCAAAGCCAUUGAAGACUACAAAGUUACCACUCUCAUGUUGGUCCCGCCCAUCCUUCUCACUCUAAGCACACAUGCCGCGGUAGAUAAAUACGACCUACGAACUUUGACUAACGUAGCAUCCGGUGCUGCGCCCCUAUCUUUGGCACUUGCAAAUAAAUUCCUCGGCCGGCUCAAAUCGAGGGGCGUGAACGUUCAUCUACUGCAGGGCUGCGGCUCGACGGAAACGACAUGUCCCGCCCAGAUUGUAGCCCCAGAAGACUCGACAAGAAAGUUCGGAAGCGUCGGACAACUACUUCCGAAUAUAGAGGCGCGAAUUAUGCGCGAAACUGAUGGUUUGACUGGUGAGACCAUCGACGUUGAGGAAGGACAGCCUGGGGAACUGUGGUUAAGAGGACCAACGAUUACCAAGGGAUACUUGAAUAAUCCGUCUGCUAAUGAGUCUAGUUUCACUGUCGAUGGUUGGUAUAAAACGGGGGAUAUUCUACGGCGUGACCAAGAUGGCUAUUUCUAUAUUGUUGAUCGGAAGAAAGAGAUGAUCAAGUAUAAGGGCUACCAAGUGGCUCCCGCGGAGCUGGAAGCGAUAUUGAUGGAGAAUACCGAGGUAGCGGACGUGGGCGUGAUUGGUAUCAUGAAUAAAUACAGCGGUGACGAACUUCCUAGGGCAUACGUCACCCCAUCCAAUCCCGCCGUUUUGGCACUGGAAGAAUCGAAGAGAGCUUUUGAAAUGCGGAUAAAGCAUUGGAUUGAAGGCCAGGUUUCGCAAUACAAAUAUUUAAGGGGUGGUGUUGUCGCGGUCAAUGACGUACCAAAGAGUCCCACAGGGAAAAUUUUGAGAAAGGAUCUUCGCGAAUGGGCGAGGAUAGAACAGGAGCGGGGUCGUAAAGCAAACAUGGCAAGGCUAUAA